AUUAGGAAAUAUUUAUUAUUAUUAUUAUGAUGUUUUUGUGUUUUUUUUUUUUUAAACUACGAGUUCAAAUUCUUUUGAAAAGUCUGGAACCUUGAACCGUUCACUUUGUUUCUAGGGGUUCAUAAAAUGCUGCCGGACGACACUCGCAUGGAGGGAUUUAUAUUUUAGAAUAAACAGCUUAGUUUUUAUGUUAUUUAUCAGCAGUGUUUAAAUGGUUUUAUUUAUUAACUUAUUUUAGCGGUUAUUCAGGUUGAAAAUAUGAAAACAAGAGACUGCAGAUUUUUCUAGAAGGAUUAAAAAAAGUCCCCAAACUGAAGAGCAGCUUUAAGUGAAAGUGUGAAAUGGAGCCUGAGAGUAAAAAGAGAAAAGGGAUGAAGUUUGAUCCAGAGGUCCUUCCUGUCCUGUCAGAUGAAAUGUGUGAGGAUGUGAAACUGCUGGACGCUUUCGCUGCACCCAUCACCGAUAAACGCCAAACAUCUCGUCUGGUCAGAGAUCUGUCUGUGGUCCGUCCUCUAGCAGAUCUCCAGCAUAUUAAAAGAGUGAGAGCUUGUAAGGACAAGAGCAGUCCUCAUGCGUUAGAAGUGAUCGUUUGUCUCGUUACCGAUGUCUCAGUCACCGCCUUCACGGGACAAACUCAGCAUCCAUCCCUGACCGAUCUCCUGAACUCGAAAGACUUUAACGUCGAAGGCUUGGGAGAACCUUUCCUGGUCCGAAUCCCAGCCCGAGCCCCUUUAACCCGGCCACAGUUUGAGCGAGCGAGCCGUCAUUGGCCGACGUCCUUCCACGAGGACAAACAGGUCACGCUGGGUUUGAAGGGAGAGCUCUUUACGUCCAGCCAGAAAGCAAAAAUCCAGGAAUACAUGACGGCCGCCGUAGACGCUGCAAGAUCCGGACGUGAGGAGGGAAUGGACGCCAUGGGCGCCGUGAUCGUUGACCCGAAAUCAGGACGGAUCAUCGCCGUAGGUCACGACCUGACCCGAGAUCAUCCUCUGCACCAUGCUGUGAUGGUGUGUAUCGACCUCGUGGCCUGGGCACAAGGAGGUGGUGCGUAUUGCUACAGGAAACACCCAGCGUGCAGAUACACUGUCUCAGACCCACAGCUCUCCUCAGCGGCGUCUGAGGAAAGCGUCCAGCCGUACAUCUGCACCGGGUACGAGCUGUACGUCACCAGAGAGCCGUGCGUGAUGUGCGCCAUGGCUCUAGUCCACUCGAGGAUCAGCCGAGUUUUCUACGGCGCGAGUUCUCCAGAUGGUGCUUUGGGCAGCAGGUUUAAAAUUCACUGCCAGAAAGAACUGAAUCACCACUUUGAUGUUUAUAAAGGAGUCAUGAGACAGAGCUGUGAGGAACUGACUCUGUUACACUGACUCAUUUCCUCAACACAGCUUUUAGUAAAUGGAUUUUCUUCAUUUUAAAUGUUAUUUGGUUGUUAAUUAAAGAGGAGUUUUGGCAAGGCUUAACUCUUUAACACAACUCUUUAAUCUGUACAUCCAGCAGCUUAAAAUGAGGUCUUUAAUAAAAGUUUGAUAUAGUUUAGCGUUUAUGUAAAUACUUCCUGCACCGAGCAAAAUUCAUAUUAUUUUUAAAAGAAUAUUGGUCACGUUGAAUCCCUCAGGUAUUAAAUCAUUUAUUAUUUUAUAAAUAAAACUUUUUUUUGUAGAGAAGUCAAAAUUACAUAAAGCGAGGGAUAGACAGAGUAUAAAUUAAUAAGAAAUUGUGAUCAUAAGAGAACCAAAACAGCAGAAAAGCAACAAGUAAUAGUAAAAGAUGAGAGAUAUUUAAAGAAAGAAAAAGAUAGAAAGAUGGAAUAGUAAAGACAGAACAUUUAGGAAAAAACAAGAGAGAAAGAGAAUCCCAGAAAAACAGACAGAGGGGGAAAAAGAAUAAAAAACAAAAAGGAUAAUAAAAAAAAGUGAAGGAUGAAUUAAAACAGGAAAUUGUGGGAAGUAAAGGAAGAAAAGGAGAGAAUCAGAAACAAAGACAAGAAAUAAAAAGUGUCUGCAGAAGGAGAAGAAAGAUGAAUAAAGAGUUAUAAAUGUAAUACUUUCAUACAAGAGAAAAUUAAUGAUCAGGAAAAAAAGAAAUAAAGGAAGGAAAAAAAUAAAGGGAUAAAGAAAUGACAGUGAUUGAGAGAGAACGUGUGUGUGUGGGUUUAAAGCGGAGCUGCUGAUUGGUCAGAAAUAAAAACCCACUAUGAUGUCACAAGAAAUCAGUUUUAACGUUGCGUUCGCGUUUGUUGAUGUUAAAAGUGUUCCAUGUGGAAAAACCAUAAAACUUUGAGCAAAGUUCACGUGUGAAAGCUUCUGUAUCGUACAGUGAAUACAGAACAACUCUGGAUUCUGAUCAGUCAGAUUGUUUUUUUUAUAUUAACAUUGAUAAAUAUUAUGUAACUGACAUUUCAUACACAAACCAUUUGAUUUGUUUUUCUGCCCAGACAACCAACGAUAAUUAGUGAGGG